CCACAAGUCACGUGUUUCGCAAGUAUCAGGUGAGGCGGUGUCCGGGGUGAGGGUGUGUCCUCAUGUGCAAUAUAAGAGGUCUGAGAGGUGUAUUCUUGCUGUCCUCCAUUGACAUCUGCAGCAGCAUUUUGAACGACACUGAAAUCCAGACAACUUUGCCAACAUGUCCCAGCCACCGAAGCUAAUAUGUGGAAUGGUCCUGCUCCAGGAAUGCUUCUAUGAGCAUGCAAAGAAAAGUGGAGACCCCAAAACUAUAACCAAGGGAGAUUUUGCUGAAAUGCUUCGCAAAGACUGCUGCAUGGAUGUCAAGGACGCCGACAAGAAGAAGAGCUUCUUUGAAUCUCUGGAUUCCAAUGGGGAUGGCGUUAUCGACUUCACCGAGUUUUGUGUUCUCAUGGCGUCUUUUAUGAUGAUGAUGGAGUCUUUUACAGCAUAAUAAAGAAGAAAAACACAUCUGGAA